CUGAACCGGCCUUCCCCGCCGCCUCUGCCACGCGAGCAGCAGCGGGAAUUUGAGGACCUCGUCCGGAGGGCACAGGCCCCGUUGUCUCAGGCCAAUGUCGGCAGGGCCCAGGCUGAGGCUGAGCUUGCGAUGCACCCUGACGCGCGGCAACCUCUCAAGGCUGAGUUUGAGGGCGAUGUCAACCCAGUGACAGGCGAGCAGGGUGGGCCGAAGAGGGAGCCGGUCAAUCAAUGGGUGGAAGGAGACUGGAGUUUCAAAGGUCGGGUGUCUGACUUCUGA